UCCAUCAUCAUCGUCAUUAUCUGCUGCGUCCCUUUAAUCAGCGUCCCGUCGUCAUCAUCAUCAUCAUCAGCAGCAUUCCCUUGUUGAUCAAUCUCCUUAUCUUAAGUCCUUCAUAAUCAUCCUCAUCCGCUUGACUUCGUCCUCCGAUUCAUGCAUCCUCAUCUCAUCCUCCCUCCUCCUCCUCACAUUCACAAUCCGCUUCAUUCAGCUGUUAUUCACCAUCUUCAUUCUCAUUCCUCCUCCUUCUCUACAACUUCCUGAUCCUCCUCGCUCCUCAUCAUCCUCGUAAUCCUCUUCAUUUCCAUCAUCCGACAGUCGUCUCCAUCGUCAACUCUGUCUUCAUAUGAAUCCUUCCAAUCUCCCUCCUCUGCCUUGUCAUUAGCGUCGUCAUUUCGCCCUCCUACACUUUUAUCUUUAUCCGAGUCACAUUCAUCAUCCUCGCAACCCCUCUCCUCUUCCUCCUCCAACCGAACCAGUCUGUUCUUCUUCGCGGAGCAAAGAUCUCGACCUCGCCAAGUCCCGAGUUGGGAAGUCCGCGAACCCUUUUCAGGGACACUAGGACCCCUCUGCAGAAACUCAGGUGCCCUCUGUAGGGGCCCAGGUGCCCUCUGUAGAGGCCCGUUGCUCCUCGGCAAGGACCCAGGAACUAUCUCUAAGAAACCAGAACCCCACUGCAGGGCCCCAGGAACUAUCUCCAGGGUUCCAGGACCCCUCUGCAGGUACCCAGGACCCCUCUGCAGGAACAAGGUUCCUUCUGCAGGGGCCCAGGACCCCGAAGACCAUGCGUCCCCGCGGCGAGAGCCACUCCUCCUCGCCCGCGGCCCCCAUGCGGCGGGAACCUCUCAUCCCGGCGCGGCUCCACUGAGGGAGACGAAGCGGGCAGCGGAGAGGGGCCCUGGUCUGGAGAGGCGUUGGGCAUGGGCAGGCGGGGCAUGGCCGUGCUGCCCCGGGGCAGCCUCGCCUGCCCUCUCAAGAAGCUGCGGAAGCGCGCACGGGCACUGCUGCUGCUCCUGCUGCUGCUGCUCGCAGCUGCGGGAGCGAUAGCCACGUGGGCUGCGGCGUGCGCCGAGGAGACGAGAGGAGAAGCAGGAGGAGAGGAGGAGGAGGGCGCGAGAGGGGUCGGGAGGUCAGACAGCGUGCGGGGCAGAGUACGAGACGAGACGAGAAGCGGCGGUCCAGUCUCUCACCUCUCAUCCCCAGACCGGCGGUCCGUGCCUCCACCGGGGCCCCACAACAGGGUGGACUUGGCCGCGAUGCUCGCGUCCCGAGGCCCCGCGCCGCGCCGCCAGGAGGAGGAGGGGGAGGGGGGCCACCCCGCAAACAGCAGAGAACCCGCGCCCUGGUCCCCUGACUUGUUGGGUGGCGCCAACAUGCACGUGUACGAGGACUGGUGCGGCGCUUCUGUGGCUCAACUGCGCAAGAAUCUCCACUUCCCUCUCUACCCGCACUCUCGUAGCGUGAUCAGCAAGCUGGCCGUGUCUCCCCGCUGGGUCAACUACGGCCUCAGAAUCUUCGGCUACGUCGUCCCCACCGCCACAGGCCUCUACCAGUUCGCCGUCACGUCGGAUGACAACAGCGAGCUCUGGCUCAGCCGGGACGCGGCGCCGGCCAACGCCACUCUCGUCGCCUCCGUGGGUCCGACCGGCCGCGAGUGGACAGCGCCGGGAGAAUUCCGAAAAUUUAGCUCGCAGAUCUCCAGACCAACCCGGCUGGUGUCGUCACAACGCUACUUCUUCGAGCUCCUCCACAAACAGGACGACAAGGGGACUGACCACGUCAUGGUGGCCUGGAGUCGCCUCGGCGCUCGCAGGCGGUUCCGCACCGUGGACUCGCGCCACCUGUCCCUCUACGCAGACGAGAGGGGCCUGCACAUGGACGAGACGGGUCACGUGCCCCUGACCCCGGGGGGGUUAGGGGGGCCCCCACCCCGGGGGGGGACGAGCCCCUCCCCCAAACACCCGGCCGCCAUGCUGGCGUACAGCCCCCAGGACACCUUCUUCACGGUGCCCCUGCUGGAUGAGCGCUGGCUGGCUGGCGGGCUGCCUGGCUGUGCCUACAAGCCGACCUACACCAUUCGGGGCCACCCGCUCCUGCGCUACCAGGGCCUCCAGUUCGUGUACCUCUCCUACGUCUACCCCAACGACUUCACGCGCCUCGCGCACAUGGAGAGCGAGAACGCGUGCGUCUACGAGCAGCGCGCCCUGGGUGGGGGGGCGGCCGGGGGGGGCCCCCAUGGGGUGGACUUUAGCCGCUACAUGAAGGUGGACGCUGCCGAGGCCGGAGGGCAGGAGAACGCAUCCACUCAAAUGCCACGACCCCCAGACGCGGAGAGACGAGCGGUCACGGGGAGGGUCACGGGGAGGGUCACGGAGGGGGUCACGGGGAGGGUCACGGGGAGGACGACAGCGGUGGCGGGGGGCGAUCGUGGCUGCGACGGCCCCGCAAGUUGGGACCGCUCCGCGCGGGCCGCACAGACGGGUAGCCGAGCCCAGGAGGCACCCACGGCCGGCGCGAGGCCCUCAGAGUCGCGGCCUCCACGUGGCUGCGGGGCGCAAGGGCCGCGGGCCUCCGUCUCUCCGGGGGCGCCCGGGACGAACGGCGGCGUUGGCGGCGUCCGGCGCGACGAGGAGUCGGCGUCUGCCGGCGGAGCGACGCGGCGACCUCGCCGCGACUCGAACCCCGACCCCGAGGCGGGGGACACUCGCGGCUGGCUCCGGCGGUCCGGCCGCGACUCCCGCGAGAGCCGCUCCCUCCUCGUCCUCGAGGGCUUCGGCCCCGAGCCAAACAUCUCGGCGCGUCGGGGCGACCUCGACCGAACCGGGACACGAACCGGGACUUCGCUCCUCCUCGACGGCGGUGGCGGCGGCCUCCGGGCGGGGGGAGGGGCCGCGCGCUCCCUGAUCGAACCCCCGCCGCCCUCCCGCGCCCCGGCGGUGACGGCUGCCGCGAGCCGGGGCCCGGGUCCGGGACGCGGGGGGCCCGGGCCCUCGUCCGCGGGGCCCUCCGAGAGGCCGGGCCGCGGGGAGGCGGCGCUGGACUGGGGCCGCACGUUCGCCGCGCGGGGCCGCGUGGACGUGGAGCGCGCGAGGUCGGACCGCAUCGACCUGCGGUGCAACGUGGCCGGCAACGCGCUGGCGCCGGCGCGCGAGGCGCUGGCGGUGGCGCGCAGAUUCGUGCAGCUGCUCAACGCCCGCGGAGGCCAGCGCGCGCUGCGUCUGCGCCGGGCCGUGGCCGUGGAGAAGCGGCGCGACGGCGCCAGGGGCGGCCGCUACCUCCUGGAGCUGGAGGUGGAGGUCAAGGUCGGGGUCGGGGUCGAGGCCGGCUCCAGCGAGGCCCCCGUGGCGCGCCUCUCGCAGUACGUGUACGCCACGUGGGCCCAAGGUCCCCUCCGCCGUCGCGGCAGAGGCGGUCACGUCGACGGCGAGGAUGACGAGGACGACGACGAGGAGGACGAUGAGGAGGAGGACUACCGCGCCGACGGGCGACUCGGCGGCGGCGCGGAGGUUUACGAAGGCGCCGCCCGCGAUGACGACGACGAUGACGCCGCCAACGACGGCGGAUACGACGAGGAGGACGAGGACGGCGUGGACACGAGCAGCGACGUGGUGCUGCCCGUGCCGGCCUCCAGGGCGAGGGCCUUCCACCUGUGCAGGCCCCAGGGCUUCUCGUGGAGGCCCAACGUGAUGGUCCACUUCAUUGUGCCAGUGAAGAACCAGGCCCGCUGGGUGCGCCAGAUCAUCUGGGACCUCGAGCAACUGUCCAGGGUGACCGGUGAUCGGCGCUUCUCGCUGGUCAUCGCCGACUACGACAGCAGCGACAUGGACAUCGAGAAAGCCCUGAGAGCGAGCUCCCUGCCCAGUCAUCAGUACGUGAGGCUACAAGGGAACUUCGAGCGGUCGGCCGCUCUGCAGGCCGGGGCCGACCUCGUCAAGGAUGCCCACAGCGUGGUGUUCCUGUGCGACCUCCACCUGCACUUCCCGUGGGGAGUGGUGGACGCAGUGAGGAGGCACUGCGUGGAGGGCCGCAUGACCUUCGCCCCCAUGCUCAUGCGGCUCAGCUGCGGCAGCCUUCCCACGGAGCCCGACGGCUACUGGGAGGUGAACGGCUUUGGCCUUCUCGGGAUCUACAAGUCGGACUUUGACCGCGUCGGGGGGAUGAACACCCAGGAGUUCCGGGACCGCUGGGGCGGGGAGGACUGGGAGCUGCUGGACCGGGUGCUGUCCGCCGGCCUGGAGGUGGAGCGCCUGCGAUUGCGCAACUUCUACCACCACCACCACUCGCACCGCGGCAUGUGGCACCGCAACGGGGCCGCUCCGCACGGCCGCCACGGGGGCUGACGGCCGCGCAGGUCGCGACGUCGCGAUCGCCAAAUCCGGGCUCGUCGCAGUGGGGCG